GAGAAGGAGGAGAGAGAAGAUGAAGGAGGAAGAGGAGAGAAGAAGGAGGAGGAUUGCUCCAGGGAACUCUUGGGGUCACACGCUCUGUGCUUUCUGUUACGGCUUCAACCACUUCUAACCUGGUCUCCAGUGUGGCUUCCAAGCACUUCUGGAAGUCGGCUGUCAAUUGGAUGCAGCCACUGAUGGAGCUGUCGACACAAGGGGAAAGUGACCUUCCUGCCGAGGAGACCAAUGCUGACUUCAAUCAGCAGGGAUGCCAUGCCUUCUAUGCUGACCUGUUUUCCGAUUGUCACAUUAGCUCUAUUGGUGCCAGUUAUAAGAGUUAUGCUCCACCAACCAUCAAUAAUCCAGCUCUAGAUUUCUCGCUUUCCCUGCUACGCAUUGCUCUGAUUGAAGAGACACUCACACAAGGCAACACAGUCAAGACAAAUAAGACAGUUGUUGCUGAAGUUGCACGGGCAGUACUGAAAGAGGACUUGCCUUUAGGUCUCUUCCUUCUGUUGAUGCUUCAGGAGCCAGAAGAUGCCAAAGCUGUGCUGUCUAGCCUUCCACGCACAGAUGUUUCCUUACAGAUGUCACUCUACUACUAUGCUUUGCAAAUAUAUACAAGUUUGCACCCAUGGACACAGCCAAGCAUUGCCCCAGUCUUCUUGCAUGACCCUGAUGCAGUCAUUGAUAGUGUUGCAAGCUUGAUUGAAGAAUUAGACACUUCGAAGCUCAACAAUCAGCUUAGUCAGUAUGUGGACCUGUUCAAGAGUACCCAAGAUCUUGUCUCAGACUAUGUACAAGGCCAAGCUCUCCAGAGAUUGGGAGCUGGUGUUGACAUUGACAGGUUCUUGGUUGACAGCAGUUACAAAGAGGAUACAGUGUUAGGCCUGGCCAUGACUCGUGACAAUGAGGUGCUUGACUUGGCUCUAACAUUAGCAAGGAAGUAUGAAGUCUCUCUGUGGCAGGUUUAUAUGACCUAUUUGCAGCAUUUAUUUGAUUCAGAUAUUUCUACUAAUGAUAUCAAGCAGUGCAUAGAAGAAAAGAAUUUGGUGGAGAAGCUGAGCAAAGAGCCCAGAGAAUUCAUAACCCGAAUGGAGCAGACUGUUUUCCUGACAGUGAGUGGAUGUGACCAUGAGCGUCUCUUGCUCUAUUACACUCUGAUUGAGCAGUGCGGUGGUAAGAAAGCUGAGGCCAAAGCAGCUGCAUCCCACAUCAAACUCUUGAAAAAACUGAAGGGAUCUGCCAAAGGACUUAAUUACAAGCUGCUCCUCAAGGCAGAUACAGAUGUGAUGGCUCUUUUGCGCCCAGUCCUAACAGCUCAAAAUGUCAACAAUCUUGCAAAAAUGGCAAAAAAUGUUCCCAGUAUGAAGGAUGCUGGAAUCAACCCAAGUACAAUUUACUGUGCUUGGGCCCAGAAGUAUUUCUUUGAUUUUUCUUCUGACAGGAAACCUAAGACUGCAAAUGCAUGGAUUACAAGAUUUAGUUCAUGUGAGGAGUAUAUGGAGAAGAUGAAUCCAAGCGAUGUAACAAUGUUUGUAAAGCAGUUGGUGCUGUCAAGUGAAGCUGCUAAGAUGGUGCCCCUGGAAGCAAGGAUGGAGUACUGCCAGAAAGUCAUUAAAUUCAGCAAUGAACAGGAGGGAAAAGAGCAGGUUCCUGAUGAUGGAAGGAAAUGGAAAGAGGUCGGGGAGACAGCCGAGCGAUGGAGAGGCCACUUAGAUCUCCUUCGUUCAGACACAUUCCUUAAGCUCCAGAACAGCGAGGAUCAGAUUCUAUGCAACUAUGCAAACAAGUUUGCACUGAGUGGUGGAAGUGAGGAACCUCUCCGUGCCCUUGCCUGCCGGGUACUUCUGGAAGGAUCAAGCAUGGAGAUCCUGCAAGAGGUCCUCAGUGUGUACCCAGAGGAAGCUGCCUGUGCCCCAGAGGAUGUCUUGUUACAAGCACUAAGGAUCAUCCUAAGCUUCUGGAAGAACCAAGAUGUUGAGGUGGCAAUAGACCAUAAGGAGCUGUGUGAGUAUGACAUGAUGAAAGUCCUUGAUCACAUCUUGUCACAAAUAGCCACUUACCUUAGUGAAGGAGGAGAGCUUUUAUCUGAGGAGGAAGUGUUGCAAGACUUGCGAGCAUUAGGAGAAGAUGCAGCGGUUCCUCUCACGAUCAGGGUAGAGGCUCUCUCUCUUGCUGAAAAGCAUCUGUCACUCAGCGAAGAGGACCUGCAGGUGGUUUGUGUACUCCGAACUGGAAGUGUUGUGGCUUGUGGCUGGCUGGAUGAGGAGGAGCUAGACAUCCCCCUUGAUCAGGUGUCAUGCAGUGAAGGAAGGGCAGCUCUCCUAGCCAAGCUCAUUGCACACACCAAGACUUUGCAGCAAGCUCAGGCUUUAAUUGAUCUGCUCAAGUUGUGGCCUCCAUUUGGGGAUGAUAAGUACCAGGACAGCUUAACCAAUCCAUGGCUAUCAGUGUUUAGGAAAAUAAUUGAAGCAACCAAGAAUAACAACACACCAAGUGGUUUAGAGAUCAUUUGGGAAGCAACACAAAAAGUUAUCUCGCAAAACCAGCUACCAAAGAACUGCCUGGUUGAGUUGGUGCAACAGUUAUGUACAGCAGAAGAGGACUUUGGUGCUGUGGCAUUGAAAUACAGUUCUAAAGUGGCUCUCUUGAGUGAUGACCCUCAAAUCAAUGGCUACAUGAUGAGGAAUUUAAGCUCUCUUUUGGAGAAAAAUUUGGAUGUGACAGAGAGUCGUGACUAUGACAAUGAUUUGUUAGCAAGGUUGAUUCCACGAGGCUUGGUUGCUCAAGUGGUUCUUACACCUUUGUAUGGUCCCCUAGUGACUUACCUGAGUGAGACUGGGGACAAGACACAACUGAGAAAAGCAGUCGAGCAGCUAGAGACUGCGGGUUUCUACAAAGAAGCUGCCAGUUUAACUGUUAUGCAAAGCUCAGUUCCCAAAGCACUUCAGUCUAUUUCUUCCGUGCUCAAGACUUAUAAAAAAUGGCUUUGAAUCUGUAUGGAUUCUCACAAAACAAUUCCAUUUCUACAUGUAUUAGGAAUAACUGCACCUUCUUUGUUACUCUGCCACAGAAUUAUUGUUAUUAAGCUCAAACUUUGUUUUAUUUUGAUGUAUUGUGUAUUAUUUAUGCUGUGUUUCUUCUUGCAAUUGGAAAUAAGGAAUUAAACAAGUUUCCUUAAAAGUUAGAGAGAGGUGCUACUCUGUAUGUAUUCUUUUUCUUAGGCUUUGUCAUGAUUUAAACUUGUAUAGAGAAAUGCAUAGGUAAUAUGUAAUAUCAGAUUAUAGUAAUAUCAAAUAUAAUAUCCAAUUAAAAGUAUACCCCUCUCAAAGGUUUAGAGAUCAAUGUAUUUCAUAUUAGUUCAUUCUUUUGUAUAUGACCCCUUUCUCUUCACAUAGAAAUGCAUGCCCUGUUUAAUAUAGAAAGCAGUUUUUGAGAAAUAAGCAUGUAAAAAAAAAUCUCCAGACAGUGGAGAAUGGAUAGAUGCUUUAUAUGUUUAAAAUUCAGAAUUACUUAGCUUUUACAAUGAGAUUAGCACCAUGAUAUCAGAUAGCUUCUAUCUACAAAAACAUUUUUUGUAAUUUGGUAAUUAUUAAUUUUAUAGGAGUAAAGCUUAAGAGCAGUUGAUGAGCAGGGUUUUUUUUUUGUUGUCGUUGAAUUAUAUUAUAUUAAUUUUAUUUGCAAAUACCUAAAAGAUAUGCAUGAUUCACUUUUUAUAAGAUAGAAUGUAUUCAUGACAGUUGCUCUUUUCUUCCAGAGAAUUUGAUUACAUGCCUGUGGAUUAUAUUUUUCAUUUCUAUGUAUGAUAUAAUAGACUUUCUCAUUGGUACACUGGUAGCACUCUAAUUAAAUGAAUCAUGUUAAAUUCACAAUAAAGGCUUUGGGUGACUCGA